AUGGACGACUGGGUAGAGCAUCCACAGCCACGGCGUGCGUCGUCGGGCUCUGUCCCACAUACAUCCAGGCGCAGCUCGCGGAGUGGUUCGUGGGAUCCUGGACUCGACACCGCCGUUUCGGUCCUACACACACAUGGAGUCAACGUCACACAAGUGCUGGAGGAAGGACACGAGGCCGAGGCAUCGGCAUUGGACACGAACCUUGACGACCUUGACGACCUGGUUGAUCUGCCAACAUCAGCCUCCAUCGCCAGCCCACAAGCACUCGACUUGGACCUCGGCGAACGCGACCGGGACAUGGACAUGGACGACGAGUACGAUCUCGGCGAACGCACAUAUUCAUCUCUCCCGCCGUCCCCGCGCGCCGAGGCGAGCGCAGAGUUUGGCCUGGAGCGAAGCCUCGACCUGAGCGAGCUGCACGGCGCCUUCCAUGCGCAAGGGAUCAAGAUGGCCAGUAACCUGGCGGGAUCGCUCUCACCCCGGCGCGACAUUAUGCGCAGGGGGAGCCUGACGUUGGAGCGUGAGAGCGCGAGCGCUGGUGAAGAAGACGAACAGUUCUGGCCUGCCAGGAGUAGACGCCAGACGCUGGAGAAUGGCGACCGACCAUCUAAUGCCUUUAACACCAUCACGACGAGUUCAACAACUGUCACGCACUCUGUUCUGGAAGUACAUGAAGAAGGGGAGGAACCCACAUCUCCAACCUCACCUGUGCGACGCGACGAUGACGACACCCCGAGUGUAUCGUCGCCCGACCUCCUGUCGCCACUCGAGUCCCCGCUCCAGUCCCCUCGAGUCGGAGUGCCUCCCAACUUGCCAUUCGACCGUAGCAAGGAGGGACUGAGUCUCUGGGACCUCUUGAGAGACGAGGACGCCGCGGAUCAGUGGGAGGGCUGGAUUGCAGACGGAAAGUGGGAACGCAUUGCCAAUUUCCUCGCUGUUCCUCUUGCAGUUGAGAAGGUGACCAUGUUUGGCGCGCUUCUCUGCCUCGACGGCUUUCUGUACAAUUUCACCAUUCUCCCCAUCCGCGCCCUCUUCGCAGUCGAACGGAUCUUCAAGCGUGUCAUUACCGGGCAGCCAAUCACCCCCAUCCCUCCAGCACACCUGCAGUCCCUCCUGCGUCUGGCUCUGCUUGUCAUCCCCGCCUUGAUCCUCAUGGUCGGCACCGACGCGAGCAAGAUGUACCACUCAGUUCGCGGGCAGGAUACCAUCAAGCUCUACGUCAUUUUCAACGCGCUCGAGAUUGGCGACAGGCUGUGCUGCGCCUUUGGACAAGAUGUCCUCGAUACGCUGUUUGCUCGUGCCACCUUGACGUACCGCGCCGAGAACAGGAAGAAGUGGAGGAAACGUGAACACGUACGCCCAGUGUUCUAUUUUACUCUGUCUCUCGCCUAUGUCUUGGUACACGCUCUUGUCUUCUUCUACAUGCUCAUCUCGCUCAACGUUGCCAUCAACUCGUACGACUAUACUCUCAUCUCUCUCCUCAUCAGUAACCAGUUUGUGGAGAUCAAGGGCUCCGUAUUCAAGAAGUUUGAAAAGGAGAAUCUGUUCCAGAUCAUGUGUGCAGACAUUGUGGAACGUUUCCAACUUGGCCUCAUGCUCUCUGUCAUUGCCGUGCGCAACAUGAUUGAGAUGUCCGGUUCAGAUCUCGCCUUCCUCCCCAGGAGCUUCGCCCGAGGAAAGAGCCUCAUCGAGAGCAUUCUCUGGCCAGUACUCUUCGUGCUUGCGUCAGAAGUGGUCGUCGAUUGGCUCAAGCACGCGUUCAUCUCCAAAUUCAACCAUGUCCGCGCCACGGUGUAUGGCCGGUUCAUGGACGUACUGGCCAAGGACGUGUUGCUUGCUGGUACUAUUAGCAGCCGGGAUGGCCGGACCAAGCGCAAACACCCAAUCCUCCUGGACCAGUCUCCCCUUGUCGUCCGCCGCCUCGGUAUCGCCUCUGUUCCGCUCGCCGUCCUUGUCAUCCGCAUCUGCGCCCAGAUCGUCGGCAUGCUCACCAUGCACACCUCUGAAGCAGUCGACGGCGAGCUCAGCUCAGACUGGAUCUGGACGUCGCUCAAGUGGGCGGCGGGCAUCCUCAUCGCGGUGGCCCUUUGGGGAUGUCUCGUCGCAAUCAAGAUCCUCCUCGGUCUCGGCCUGCUGUCCUUUUCGGCACUAAGGCAGGCCGGAAUGGAGGAGCGUGAGGCCGACGACGCCGUCAAUGAUUUCGGGCGGACGUCGGUGGGCGAGAGCAAAGAGGAGACGGCAUACCACAAGUCCACAUCGCGAUACCUGUCCCGCGACGAGGACGAUCUCCCGCAGUACCCCUCUGCACCUGUUGCGUCCGUCUCGACACCCCUCGAGUCCACACCGAGGCCCAAAAGGGCCGAGCUGGGAGAGAAAGGGGGUAGAGAGGGCAACGAGGACGGGGACAAGGCAGGAGUCAAAAAGGACAAGGCCGGUGGGGAGAAGGGUGGGAAGAAGAAGUGGAGGCUCGAGGAGGUCGAGCGGUGGACGAUGGUGAAGCGGAUCUGGUGA